GGGGGGGCUGCGGCGCCGCGAGCGAGCGGGUGGAGGUCCUCGAGGGGAGGAGGGCGCGUCGGCGCAACUUGCAGACUGACCGACACGUCGGGCAUCCGGCACUCCGACACCCCAGCCGGCAGCGCCACACGUCCGCGACAGGGCAUUUGCUAUGGAAAGAUUUGAUGAGUACGACUGCACGUCCCCUCAUUCUCACCAGCACCCGGACCGCGUCUCUGAUUCUCUUGAGGAUCCGAUAUCUGAUGAGGAUGUCCAACCAACAAGGCUCUCGCUGGCCUGUGCUACUACAAAUAAGAGAGAGAAGGAUACCAGAAUGGCGGGCCACGAUGAAUCAACCAUCUGGGAUGAAGUUCGGGAAGAAGCUGAUGAGCUAGCCCAUGUGCAUAAAGAUCCUCAUGCUCGUAGUGUCUCGCUCCUAUCUGCUGGAACAAGCAAAAGGAGCAAAUGUGAAAACAAGCGCAAAUUCUCAAUACGUGGAUUCAAUUCUAUCGUGUCAGGCGUAAAGAGUGAAAACUCGUAUGCUGGGGAGCAAGAAGUUUCGUCAGGAAUGCGACCAGCUAAAACUGUAGAAACUUUGAUGGCUGAGCAGUUGGAAAAUAUCGAUGAAGACACUGAAGACUUGCCGUCAGAUUUUGCCCAUCCAACCAAGAUUGCAAACACUUCAGUUGCUGAACUUCUUGAAGAUCUACAGGAUAGAAGUGUCUCUUCUCUUAGAACACCAUUUUCGAUUCAUCAACAAACCAAAGCUAAGGAAGGGAAGCCAAAAGUUCCGACUUCAGGGAAGAAAAUACCAGCACUUCUAGGUCAGAGGGAUCUUGAUAGUGAAGAGCCCUCGGAGCAUGCUAUUGGUGAAACGUCUAGUGAGGAUGAAGCGGAAGAUACUGUUCGAAACAACUUGACUAUGGUGAACAAAGAUGUGAAGGGAAACCGAAAAACUAUGUCUGACCUAUUCCAAGAAGCUUUCAUUGCAACAGAUAUGGAGGGUACCGCACUCCCCAUGAGAUCAACCGGAGCUGGUUAUUACGGAAGGAUGCAACAGAUUAUGCAGAUGGAGAAAGAUAGGCAUGCUGAGUUCUCGAGGCAGUAUAACAAAGCGCAAGAUUAUUUAGGUGAUUCAAAGGGAGUUACUGUUCAAAUUUUGACAAGGUCCUUGGAAGGAAAACUAACAGUCUGCCUCUGCCUGUUGAAAGAAAAGAGUAACCUUCCCUUGACAGAUUGUGACAUGGAUGGCAGCAGUAGUAAGAGGACCAUUAUCUUCAGUCCCAAAAUAUGUGACAAUGUGGAUCUUGUAGAAGGAAACAUUAUUCACAUCCACCCACCAUGAUGGGUCUAAGCAACCGCAGAAUUCAGGAAUUUGACAACCCCCUUACCUCAACAGGAAAGAAGUGAAAGUAAAAGAAGAGGAGGUGAUGCUCUGCACCUACUUCUCGCAUCACCCGGCUUGAAUGGUACUCGUACUCGAGAUCCUUCUUUUCUGCAAAACAAAAGGAAGGAGAUGUCAGCACCGCAUGGCAGGGGCCGGCUUACCAAUAUGUGUAUAGUUUGAGAACUGUAGACAAUGGUGUAUGUACUGGGUAGAGUAUGUGUCGCUGUGUGUUAUACUUGGUGAAGAUAUUGAGCCAGUUUUGUCUGUACCGAUGUAUGUGUUACUUGUUGCAGCAGCUGCUGCAAGCAUGUACUUCUCAUUGAAUCUGUAGAGUAGAUAGGCAAAGCCCGGUACAAGUCAAUGUUGCAUAGGACCAUUUGCCGUUGUUGCACUGCACAAAACAGAAAGAAUGUUUCCAUCAUGGUAUAUGGAUUAAAAAUGCCCCUGUCCAACCCUACAAAUAUUAUGUGGAAAUAUAUGUUUCUUGUGUA